AUGUUUUCAUUGCUCGCCUUGAUUGCCGUCGCGUAUUUGGUGAUUUGUUUUGUGUGGGAUCAAAUGCCACCUCGGAUGAGUGCAAGAAGAAAGAUAACCAUGUCAGGUUGGGGAGCUCCAUCGGAACCUGCUACUUACGGAGCUGUCACAAUUAAUGUUGAUCAUAUUGAGGAAGUUUUGGAUAAAAUUUCAAAGAAAACUGGUCAAAAACUUACACUCACUCAUUUUGUUGCCAGAGCUUUGGGUCUUGCAAUUGAAGCAUGUCCAGAAAUCAAUCAUCGAAUGGUUUUAGGAAAGUUGCUUCCAAACAAGACAAUAGACGUCAGUUUAUUGGUUGCAUGUGAAGAUCCUAUCACAAAGAAGAAUGAUUUGGCCAAUGUCACCAUUAGAUCGAUCAACAAAAAGACACUUAAAGGAAUUAGUGAUGAAAUUAUCAAAGGAGCAGAGAAAUUGAGAGCCGGUAAGAAUGAACAUCACAAAAAGACAAACCAACCAAUGCGUUUCAUUCCUAGUGUUCUUGCUGGUCCAUUGAUUUCUCUCUCUUCUUGGUUGGCAUGUGCUUUGCAAAUUGACCUUCCAGCAUUUGGAUUGCAAGCACAUCCAUUUGGAACAUGUAUCGUUACCAGUGUAGCCAACUUUGGUAUUGAGGAAGGAUUUGUACCAUUGGCUCCUUUCACCAGAUGUCCAUUUUUUGUAUGUAUUGGAAAGGCUGUCAAAAGACCAACUGUCGAUGAGAAUACAAAUGAAAUUGUUGUCAGAAAACAAAUCAAGCUUACUGCAACAACCGACCAUAGAUAUGUGGACGGUAAAGAAGCUGGAAAGCUUGUAAUGAAGUUCCUCGACGUGUGCAACAACUUGGAAAAGUACAUCAAUGUCGAUCAAGAAUGCAUUUAA